GAUAAGAAUCAGCUACCCAGGUCUGGCCUGACAGUGGGAGCCUGAAGACCGCAGAGGUGAACGCCGAGCCCGGGAGCCCGCCGCCUGCCCCAGGAUGGAGUUCGUAAAGUGCCUAGGCCACCCCGAGGAGUUCUACAACCUGGUGCGCUUCCGCAUCGGGGGCAAGCGGAAGGUGAUGCCCAAGAUGGACCAGGACUCGCUCAGCAGCAGCCUGAAAACUUGCUUCACGUAUCUGAAUCAGACGAGUCGCAGUUUCGCAGCUGUUAGCCAGGCGCUGGAUGGGGAAAUGCGCAAUGCAGUGUGCAUAUUUUAUCUGGUCCUCCGAGCUCUGGACACGCUGGAAGAUGACAUGACCAUCAGUGUGGAAAAGAAGGUCCCGCUGUUAUACAACUUCCACUCUUUCCUUUACCAGACAGACUGGCGGUUCACGGAAAGCAAGGAGAAGGACCGCCAGGUGCUGGAGGACUUCCCAACGAUCUCCCUCGAGUUUAGAAAUCUGGCUGAGAAAUACCAAAUGGUGAUCGCUGACAUUUGCCGGAGAAUGGGAAUUGGGAUGGCAGAGUUUUUGAAUAAGCAUGUGACCUCUGAACAGGAGUGGGACAAGUACUGCCACUAUGUUGCUGGGCUGGUAGGAAUUGGCCUUUCCAGUCUCUUCUCGGCCUCAGAGUUCGAAGACCCCUUAGUUGGUGAAGAUACAGAACGUGCCAACUCCAUGGGCCUGUUUCUGCAGAAAACAAACAUCAUUCGUGACUAUCUGGAAGACCAGCAAGAAGGAAGAGAGUUUUGGCCUCAAGAGGUUUGGAGCAGGUAUGUUAAGAAGCUGGGGGAUUUUGCCAAGCCGGAGAAUAUUGAGUUGGCCGUGCAGUGCCUGAAUGAACUUAUAACCAACGCGCUGCACCACAUCCCAGACGUCAUCACCUACCUUUCGAGACUCAGAAACCAGAGCGUGUUUAACUUCUGUGCUAUCCCACAGGUGAUGGCCAUUGCCACUUUGGCUGCCUGUUACAAUAACCAGCAGGUGUUCAGAGGGGUAGUGAAGAUUCGGAAAGGGCAAGCAGUGACCCUGAUGAUGGAUGCCACCAACAUGCCAGCUGUCAAAGCCAUCAUAUAUCAGUAUAUGGAAGAGAUUUACCAUAGAAUCCCCGACUCAGACCCAUCUUCCAGUAAAACGAGGCAGAUCAUCUCCACCAUCCCGACGCAGAAUCUUCCCAACUGUCAGCUGAUCUCCCGAAGCCACUACUCCCCCAUCUACCUGUCCUUUGUCAUGCUCUUGGCUGCCCUGAGCUUGCAGUACCUGACCACACUCUCCCAGGUCACGGAAGACUAUGUUCAGACUGGAGAACACUGAUCUCAAAUCUGUCAGGAAGCUGAAGUUCACCAUGAAAUGGAUUUACAUUUUUUCUU